GUUUCGACAGUGUGGUUAUUUGCGAAAAGAGCCCAAAGACAACAAGAUGCCGUUCACAGCUUCCGACGGAACGGAGUUCGAGGACCGCGACGAGUAUCGCAAGUACGAGUUUGAGACGAACUACACGUUCAAGAACAAAAAGGACGAGACGCUGAUCAAGGCGCCCGGACAAAUCCAAGGGCAACCAUUCGACUUGGCCGACUUGGAGAACUGCCAAGUGUUUCUCGUCGAUCACUCGGACCAGGUCCAAAUCGACAACUUGGUCAAUUGCCGCGUGUAUAUCGGACCAAGUUCCGAAUCGGUGUUUGUGCGCAACUGUACAAACUGUUUCUUCACCAUCGCGUGCAAGCAGCUCCGGACGCGCGAUUGCUCGCAGAUCCAAGUGUCGCUGUACACAUUGACCGACCCGAUCAUUGAAACCUCGACGAACGUCGUGUUCUCUACCUUCAACGCCGCGCACCACGGCCUUCGCCAGCAAUUCGAGGCGGCGCACCUCGAACCCGAAAACAACCACUGGACCCAAGUGUACGACUUUAACGACCCAAACAAGACGGGCGAGAACUGGAAGUUGAGUCAUGACGCCGUCGAGCCUUGGAUCAUUCCACUCGACCAAAUCGUGCCGUCCCCCGACAGUCUCGGACCGCUGGAGAACCCCGUGCCGGCGACGGCCACGCCCAUUGUCGCCCACGACACGUCGAUGCAGUCGUUCUCCAUCGACACCUCCCAAGAAGCUGCGUCCGCCGCCGUCGAUGCCGCCGCUCCUGCCGUCGAAUCCCCACCUUCACCCCCUCACGAAGACGACUUUGUGCCGGCGCCCGACACCACCGAUGCUUCGUUCUACGACGAGAACCCAGCUGCAGUGCCGGUGCACGACACGCCAGAGCCGGUGCACGAGGUGGCCGCGCCCCCGCCUGCCCCAGCGGCACUGGUGACGCAGCAGAGUUGGCCCGUGUUGAACGAGUUCGAAGCCAAGAUGGCGGCGGAGGUAGAAGCGAAGCGCGAGGAGGAAGAGCGAUUGAUCCGUGAAGUGAAGAGCAAGGCCGAAGAGGAGUUGGACAAGUACUACGGCGACCGGACGGACAAGUUGGCCCAUCGCGCAGCCACGAACCGGUAUGCAUACUGUCGUGGGUCCAAUAUGUGUAUGCUGAAGGAGGGAUGUACAGGGAAGUGGAGGAUGAGAAGAAAAAGUCCCAGGAACUGUUGGUGGAAAUGGCUUCGGAAAAGCCGUGGAAUCGCGUGACCGACUUGGUGGAUACGAAUGUUGCGCCGAAACCCAAGGUGGAAGGAGCGGCCAACACGUACGUAUGCAUGACGAGAGGGUGACAAGGAUGGAGACUGACACGGGGUUAUUCGACACAGGGGCAAGAAGGACGCUGCCGCCGACGACUUCUUCGACACGUCGCGAAUGCGAAGCCUCCUGCUCCAGCUCAAGAACUCGGGCGGACCGGAAGCGACUGCUCAGUAGAAUCGUGGGACGACCUGUGCAAAUAGAUAUAUUCUCGAAACGGAUUAAUUCACGUCACUUUAAACUAUCGAUAGUUUGCACCCCA